CAGUAACACGUAAACAUACCAUAAAAACAUAAGAAAAAUGUAUAUAUAGCAAACAUAGUAAGAUAAAAUUUAGACAUAAACAGUCAUAAAAGUAUAAAAGCAAAUAUAAAAACUGAGCAAGGUAAAAAUGGCCCUCUUCUGUGAAACGAGCUCCCAGUUUGGAUUUGAGAGACAGACACUCUCUCUAUUUUUAAGAUUAGGCUUAAAGCUUUCAUUUUUGAUAAAGCAUAUGACCAUAUAUAUGGCUGUUAUUCAUAAUAGACAAAAAAGUAGAGAAACAUGGCUUGUCUCUGCCUAGUAGCCUUUUGAGGUCUAAUUGCAAUGAUGAAUGUGGUUUAUUUGAUAGAGUUGUCUAGAAUAUGAAGUGUAGUUUAGCUGAUAGUAUUCACUGUGUGUAUUGUAGAGCCUGAAUUUGAACACUGUGUUAGAAACACCUUUCCAAUAAGAGUCGAGGAACUACAAGUAUUUAUAUUUUCCACGUUCAGUUUUCUUUUCACAAAGUACCGUGUACAUCCUCAAGGCCUACCAAAUGCACUUCCUUUGUCUUAUAACAUUCGCAAAGUGAAUUAUUUACAGGCAAAGUUUGGACAAUAAUCUCUGUUGAUGACUUGUUCAGUUUCUUCUUUGAAGCUUCUGAGUGUCGGAUCUCUGUGUCACUGACGGAAACUCCCCGGCAGCAGAAGAGCGAGAAGCAAAACAAAAAAAGCACCUUUGAGGACACAAACUGUCAAAACAACGCUGAUGUGUUUUCUCAGUUUAUAAAUCUAAUCUUUGAAUUUCUCAGCUCAGUUCACCUGUUUACUCGUUAACACUCGCUGGUGGUUACAGAGAAAAUUCUGCUGAUGUAUUUUGAAUAAAAUCAUCUUAUUCUGAAUCACUGAUCUGAAAGCACAAAAUCACCACAGCAAUAGUUUCUUGAUUUUCAAUAAGAACACAACAAAGGUUAGUGUAGUAUUUUUCUGUUUUCUAUUGGGAAAACAUUUAAUAAUUAUAAGCUACACUUAUAAACUAAUCCACACAAAUAAGCAGCUUCUAACUUUUAGCUGUGGGUCUAAACACAAGCAGCAGAGCACUUGUCCACAGCAAACGAGGAAGCAGUGCAGUGGUCAGCAAUGCUGACUCACAGUAAGAAGGUCCAAGUUGGACUUCAUCAUCUGGCUUUUCCUUGUGGCGUUAGCAUCAUGUUGUGUGUCCUCUCACAGUACAAAGACAUGCUAUUAGUGGGGUUAGGUUAAUUAGUAAUGAUAAAUUGCCUAUGAGUGUGAAUGGUUGUCUAUCUCUCUGUGUUCGCAAUGCAGCAGACUGAUGAUCUGUCCAGGGUGUGCCCUGCUCCUCACCCAGUGGUAGCUGGGAUAGACUCUAGAUCCUGAUAAUUUUAUGUUUUCCACUCUAUAGUCCUCACAGGACUCUGUGCAGUCCUGUGAAAAACUAAGUAUAGCCUUACUGCUUCUAUAGGAAUUAAAAGUGAAGGAAAUCAUAUGCACUUGAUUAAUUGACAAAAAAAUGUAAGUCUGAUUGACUUUGCCUUAAAAAGCAUCUUGAAAAUAAUCACACAAAAUAAUCAAUCUUAAAUUUUCAAAUGGAUAAUAGAGCUGCGCUAGUGUGGACGUAGCCUAAGACUUCUACUCCGUUACAUCGCUUUUUUAAAUCUUAAAUGUAUUUAUUUAUUGUAACAGGUAUAAUUAAGAUCUGAGUAGCUUAAACAUUAACCUUAAUAAAAUUUAAUAAUCCAGUGAUGAAAACAUGGUGUGGCUUGGCAUUAUGAGUCAAAGCCGCUGAAUGUGGCCUUGAAUUCCUUUUUUUCUCUUCUCUUUCAACAUGCAUUACUGUUUAAUAUGUCAACACUGAGGCUGUUUAUAAAAAGGUCUUUGGUUUGCUGAGCAGGUUUAGAUCGGCACCAGUGAAAACACAUCAAGUGUUAAGCUGCGUAAAGUUGAUUGAAGAACUUAAGAGCAGCGCUGACACUAACUGCUGCUGUGGCGUGUUGACAGAUAUUUCAGUAAGAGAAACAAUGGCUUUAAAUAAAAAAGCUCCCCUGGAAGCAUUUACUGGAGAAAAAUCAAGGAAGAAACAAGGCUUAUGUUGUUUCAUUACAGUUUUAAUGCUCUGAAUGACUCUGAUGGAUUGGGCUUUCACAUUUUUCAGGCAGUUAAAGACAACUCCAGGAAAGCAAGAAAAAAUGUCACAUUGCAAAUGUUUUGCUUAUAACUCGAAAAAUGUGGAUUGUGCAGAAUUCUCCACAUGCUUCUAUUUUCACUCCCUCAAACAAAUCAGCAUUUUGCUUCAUACCAAAAACCCCUUUUUCUGUUAUUGCACUUUAUUAGCGAUAUAACUUAACUCAAGUGCUGUUCAGAGAAACUCUUUUUACUGCACUACCUUUGCAAAAAGUUUUCAGACAGACUUUUUUUGUCGAGAUGGGGGGAAACAGAAUUGAGUCAUUUUAGAGAACGCUCUGUAUUCCCAACCUCUGUCACUUCAGCUCCCCCUCACAAGAUUUAUGACUGAAAAAUCCCUUUUACACAUCUGUUAUCUGCUUCUGUAUUCUUCAUCACCUCUCGCUGCCUCCCCCUCUUUGCCUCUCUGUGCCGGUGGGAAUCCCGGCUGUGACGCCAGAAGCUGAUGCCGCAGUAAAGCACCGACUCUGUUGCUGAGGCUUUGAUUCAGGAUGCUGUAGUGCCCUUGAUGUGUCAAACAAUUAACAAAAAAAAAACUGCAGUGAGAAGGGUAGAAGAGCAAGCUGAAUCACGAGUGCGGUUUAGACUCAUCACACGAAGCUCUCUUUCUCCUGUUUGCCCACUUUUUUUUUCCUGGAGCAAACACGGCCGUCAACAACAUGUAGCUGCUUAUUUCAUUGAGUCAGGCAUUUCCAAAAUAUGAACCAUGUGUUUGUUAGCCUCUCCCUUCCUCAGCUGUGACCCCAGUCAUGCUGCGUUACGAGGCCCAAAUCCCCCGAGUGGAAACGUCAGCACAACAUAAACAGCUGACCUUCUCCUUACACGUGCAGAUAUGCAGAGUCGCAGCCAAGCAUCAGGAACUGCUAGCAGCACAUGUUUCCUGGGAAUUACAACAUUUUAACUGGAGAAUUAAACCUUUAGAUGGAGAUGCUUCAAAGGGCAUUUCUGAUCACAGUGGUAUGAACUGUGUGCAAACAUCUUUUUCCCCUAUAUUUGCAGAAAGGUGACUGGUGUAUGUCCGUAUGCUUGCUCUGCUGCUGCUGUAGUUACCGAACCCACAUUAUAGAAAUCUACCUUCAAAUUCACGUGUCCAGUCGUACUGCAGGCACAUUAUAGCUUUAAUAUACAGUUAAUAAUACAUCCUUUUCCAUCUGGGAUAAGUGUGGUCAAAGUAUUAUGGGAUCUUGCCUCCUUCUGGUAAUUGAGGACAUGACAGUUCAAACCGAAGACUUAUUCAACUGUCCGUUAGACAUUGUUAUUCUCAGUUAUGCAGGUGCUUUUGCAAACAUAAUGCACACAGUCUGAAUUUUUAUCUCCUGGGUGUGAAAACUCACCGUGACAGCAGACAGCAGUUUGUUUUGCUUGUGUUAGCCUUCACAUUAAUUAUGUCACACCUGGAAAGAGACAAAGUGGAUGUGUACGUUUGUGUGUGUACCUGGGUGAAAUCUACAAAACUGUCACUGAGGAAAGGGAACGAGACAAUGUGCAUUGAAUUUGAGCAUGCUUGGAUUCAAUGUGUGCGCGUGCAUUAAUCUCCAUCUCUCUGCAGCAACUGGCUUUCCAGGACGGGUGAGCAAUUGCUAACCUCAUCAUUAGUGUGCGUGCGUGUAUCUCUGUGUUUGCAUAAGGAUCAUUAUCUCGGUGUUAAAUCCAGAGACUGUGAAUCUUGCUUAGACUUCUUUAGUGCCAGAGAGAAGACGAAUUCAGGGAGAGAAAGACCAGCGGUUUGUACAUAUUGUGUCAGAAAUAAGUUCAGUUUUGUUACUGAAGCAGGAAACUGUGACUGCAAACAGAAACACUGUCAUUCAGCACCACAAUGUCAUGGAGACAUCAUUAAAUCCCAACUGUAAACCUCAGUAGCCAGCAUCAGCAGCCGGGGACUGGACCAUCAGGGCCUCCGGUCUUGACUGCUGUCCGAUACACAUUUGGGCUGUGCUUAGCCAGGCCCCAUGGGCUAAGACCACCAAGCACUCUCCCUCAAGCUUCCUACCCAGGUCUUGUUCCAGUGUGGGGGCAUCCUCUCCUUGGCAGGGUAAACUGGUCCCUUGUUAUUUUAGCUUUCACUGGGACCAACAUAAAAGCCCAUGGAAUGACAGAAACACACAAACCUUUCCACCACACUGAGGUGAUGAGUCACAGGGGAGCAUUAGGGGAGUGGGAGUUUAGGGCGAUGGGUUGAAGAGAGAGCUGUGCAUAAAAGCAAAGGUGUCAAUUUGCCGGUUUGAUCUAUGCCCUUAUUCUCACCGGUGGUCACGAGUCUGAGUAAUGACUGAAAGAAUAAGAUCACCAAUAUAAGCAGCAGAAAUUAGCUUUCCUUAGAGACGGGUGAUGAAUUCUGUCAAUCACCUCAAAGUGGAGUCGCUACUCCUCUGCAUAAAAAGGAGCCAGCUGAGGUGAAACCUUCAGACAUCCUGUGUCCUCCUGUGUCUGGGCAUGUUCUGCUGGGACGAGGUCCCAGGGUGCACCCAGGACACGCUGGAGAGAUUACAUCUUGUGGCUCAAAUGUUAGCAUCCUAACAUAGUAAUUGAUGGAACAAGAUAAAUAUUAUACCUGCUAAACAUAAGAUAUAUUAGCACUGUCACUGUGAGCAUGUUAGCAUGAUAAGGGUAGGCUUAAUAGUGCUACUUUAUUUAAGUACAGCCUCACAGAACUGCUCUUGUCAUAGUCUUGACUCUUGGUGUUUAUUCCUCUUAAAUUAUUUCCUCACUGUUUCAUCCUCUUGUGUCAAAUUCAUUCAUGUGUCUGUAUUUUCCCAGUUUACUUAUCACACUUCCUGCUUUAUUUUGAAUUGUAGUGUUCUUUGUGCUUUGUUUUAAGUUUUUCUUCCCUGGUCUCAUCUUCUGUGAUUUAGUUCAGCCGUCUCAGUCUCCCUAGCUGUCUCUCUGAUUGCCCUUCAGUGUAUAUAUAGUCACUGCCUCCCCUUGUCUUUGGUGAGAGUGGCUGCUCCGACUUGCCCCUGUGUAGUUUCUUGCUUUAUAUUUCAGAUGUUUGUAGUUUUCAUUAUUUCCUUGUUGGACUUUAUGUUUUGCCUCUUGUAGAAUUUGAAACCAGUCAAUAAAGGGUUUACUUUCUGCUUUCUCAUCUCUGCAUUUGGACUCACCUCUAACACUCCACACGGUCUGAAUCAUCUUCAGAACAGAAAACUUUAUUCAUGUUUUCACAAGAAUAACGAGUUUCCAUGUGCUGAACUGAAAAGUGAAGUACUUAAUUUAAUAUUUCAUCUGGACUCAAACUGAAUGUUUAGUUUUAGAGUGAAAAAAGCAACAUGAUAACACCUUACAGUGAAAGCUAAAACUCACAUUUUAGGAUUAAAUCUAACACUUAAGGCUAGAUAAACUGGACUUUAUUGGCAGUGGAAAAUUCCAUGGCCCAUUCUUUGAAAAAAUAAAUUUGUUUCCACUGGUACGAAUCUGAGAGCGCAGCUCAUACAAGCAGAGCAUGGGUCUUUUUACUCAGUACUGAGGGCUAAAAAACUAUUAGGACACCCUUGGAAUUUAAAUAUAUUACAAAAUGUAAAAUGUUGGCUUUUGGGGAGAAAGAGAUGUGUGUCUGUUCAGUCAUAAACACAUAAUGUGGACACAUUUGAAAGUCCAAUCUGUUCACAGAGGGGAACAUAAAGCAGAGGCUGGUGACGAUGAGUGAGUGAAAGGACCAGAUAGUCAGGUCUCAUUCUUUACGCCGCCCUUCCCCUCCCUCUCUUCCUCCCACUUUCGCCACCUCCUCUCUGCUCUUUGUGGUCACUGAACUCCUGCUUGAAAACAGGUGAUGUCCUUUCUGUGAGCAGGGGGGAUGUGGAGGAGAAAGCUGCAGAUUUCUGGCAAGACUAAGAGGUCGAGCAGAAAAAGCAUUGUUGUGGCUGAAAAAACAGAAGUGCUGAGUGAAGAUCUGCUGCAGGUGGAGAAACGUCUGGAGCUGGUGAAGCAGGUUUCCCACAGCACACACAAGAAGCUGACCGCCUGUCUGCAGGGUCAGCAGGGCGUGGAUGUGGACAAGAAGUCUGUCAGGUCACCCUCGAAAAAGCUUCCGCUCGCAACGCUAGCACAAUGUAUGGUGGAGGGGGCAGCUGUGCUCGGGGACGAGUCUCUGCUAGGAAAGAUGCUGAAGCUCUGCGGCGACACGCAGGAAAAGCUCGCUCAGGAGCUCAUCUUGUUCGAGCUCACCAUCGAGAGGGACGUGACCGAACCCUUGUACGAGCUCGCAGAGGUGGAAAUCCCAAAUAUCCAGAAACAAAGGAAACAUUUAGCGAAGCUGGUCCUGGACAUGGAUUCUGCACGCACACGGUACACUCAGUCUACCAAAUCUUCUGGACUGUCCAGCAACCUGCAGCCAACAGGAGCCAAGGCCGACCACCUCAGGGAAGAGAUGGAGGAGGCAGCCAACCGCAUGGAGAUCUGUCGAGAUCAGUUAUCAGCAGACAUGUACAGUUUUGUGGCCAAAGAAAUUGACUAUGCAAGCUACUUCCAGACACUGAUAGAAGUCCAGGCAGAGUACCACAGGAAGUCAUUAGAGCUGCUUCAGAGUGUUCUGCCUCAGAUCAAAGCUCAUCAGGAGACCUGGGUGGAGAAACCGUGUUACGGGAAGCCAUUAGAGGAGCACUUAGCGCUCAGCGGGAGAGAUAUUGCCUUUCCCAUUGAGGCCUGUGUGACCAUGCUGCUGGAGUGUGGCAUGCAGGAAGAGGGUUUGUUCAGAAUCGCUCCCUCGGCCUCCAAACUCAAAAAGCUGAAGGCGUCUCUGGACUGCGGGGUUUUAGACGUGCAAGAAUACUCCGCAGACCCACACGCCAUCGCAGGUGCUUUGAAGUCCUACCUGCGCGAGCUCCCUGAACCAUUAAUGACCUUUGAACUCUACAAUGACUGGAUCCAAGCCUCAAACAUUCAAGAUCAAGACAAGCGCCUGCAGGCUCUGUUCAAUGCCUGUGAGAAACUCCCUUCAGCCAACAACACCAACUUUAGGUAUUUAAUCAAAUUCCUGUCCAAACUGACUGAGUACCAGGAUGUGAACAAGAUGACGCCUGGAAACAUUGCUAUUGUCCUCGGACCCAACCUGCUGUGGACUCAGAAUGAUGGGAACAUCACGGAGAUGAUGACGACAGUUUCCCUACAGAUCGUCGGCAUCAUCGAGCCCAUCAUCCAGCACGCCGACUGGUUCUUCCCAGGAGAGAUCGAGUUCAAUGUCACAGGAAACUACGGCAGCCCCGUCCACACCAACCACAACGCCAACUACAGCUCGAUGCCGUCUCCAGAUAUGGAUCAGAUGGAUCGCAAGCAGAACGACCAGAGCCGGCGGCCGCUCAGCGUCGCCACAGACAACAUGAUGCUGGAGUUUUAUAAGAAGGACGGCAUUAGGAAGAUACAAAGCAUGGGUGUCAGGGUGAUGGACACUUCUUGGGUGUCGCGCAGGGGAUCGUCGUCUACGCGUAAAUCCUUGUCCACGCCACCGAGUGUGCACCCCCCCACCCCACCCAUUGACGCGCUCAUCCCCGAGCAGCCUGGGGAAUUCUCAGCCUCCCCCUCCCCCACCCCUCCUCCCACUAGCAGCGACCGAGCCAGUACUCUGAAGAACAAGGAGCUGUCUCCAGUGAUUGGACAGAAGGGGCUCCAGGGAGCAGUGACCUCUAGUGGACAGUCGCAGCUCUCUGACCACAGUCCGCACACCUUGAGGAGAGCAAAGAAGCUGGCUCCGAUCCCGCCUAAAGGCCCUUACUGCCCAACGGGAGCCAUGUCUGACCAGUCCACAGGUCAACCGUCUCCAGUCAGCCUGUCUCCCACUCCUCCCAGCACCCCUUCCCCAUAUGGCUUCAGCUACCCGCAGGGAUAUGCCACCAUCAGCUCCCCGGGUCAGUUGCAGAUGGUCACCACCCCGUCUCUGUCCUCUCCGCCCUCGUUGGCUGGGACUCUCACCAAGGCCAGACCGACCCCCAAGCCGCCCCGGCAGAGACCCAGCCUGCCUCCUCCUCAGCCUCCAUCCACACCUGGCACUAGUCCCCAGCCUCUGGAGCACUCAUCUGGGCUCCUGGACGGCCUUUCUCCUGGGGAAAGCAUGUCCACUGAUUCCCUCUGCAACUUGGACAUCCCCGUCAUUAACAUGGAACUGGACAGUAUUUUUGACUUGACCCACAUCUCCCCCUUCAGGAACUCAGUGGCACAGCUGGAGUCGGCCAACAGCAAAGAGGACUCGGAGGAAGAGUCUGAGAGCACAGUGCUAUGACGCCACCGAGUUCCCCCACCCUCUCCGUCAAGCUACUGCUGUGCCGUCUCGAUCAUUCAUUGACCUUUCACCUCUCCAGCUGCAUUAACUUCGGCCUCAGCGGCCACCUCUGGACCUCCUCAUCACGCCUCACCUGUGCUCGAUCCAGAGGGGCCAGCGCGUACAAAAGAAAAAAGCACUUCUAUACAGUAAAACAAAAAAAUCUGGUGAACACACAUACACACGGUUUUGGCGACAGUGUUGUCAGGGGAAGAUUUGACAUUUUGCAUUGGCUGGAUGUUUUUUUUUUUUUUAUUUAACUUAAUGUUUUCUUUUUCUUUCUGCCUUAUUUGAUUCACUUGCAAUAUUGCCUUUAACCUCACUCACACGAGACUGGAAACAGGCUGCUGGGAGGAUGAGUGCUCUUUGCUGCUGCUGCUGCUUUUCAUGAGUGAAUUUCAGAACAAACUAACACAGUGCUGUAUAUCUGUCCUGUUAACUUCCUACUCUCACCGUUCAUCUCCUCUUGGCUUGAAACGCCUCUGGCCCCGAAUUUCAGUCCCACUUGAGCGUUCACUGUGAGUGUGCCAGUGUGUCGUUUUGGAAAGCGCGCGCGCGUGUGUUUUGCUAGUGUGUGUGACGUGUUAAGUGAAGUGGUAAUUGUAUUAUAUGAUGUUGCACUGUCGGUGUCGUGGAGCAAAAAAAGGAAUGAAUGUUUUAGACGUUUAGAAGUUAACUAAGCAGGUUGGGAAGCGGUUAAACGCCCAAUCACUCCUUUCUCUUUAUAACAAGGCAUUCAGUCAGGAUAUCAGUCACUGGAUAUUUAUUGUUUAUACUGUACAUUUUCAGAGUGUAUGAUACGAUUAACAAUCUAACCCAGAUCAUAUUUUGUAUCCACGGGAGAGCUAUAUAGUUGAUGCUGUCAGGGAGCUAUAAAGUAUAUGAGAUACAUGCUGUAGUUUAUGAAACGUCCACCAGUAUGAAAAAUGAAAAACUCAAUUGUGUUUACUCAGAAAUAUUUUUUGGCAGGACGCAAAGCCGAAUGAGAUCUUUCAUUUUUCUUUGUCGAGUUAGGCGUCAUUUCAGUUUCAAGGAUGUACAAGUUUGUAACUGUGAAGCCUGGAGUGCAUAACCACAUCGUUUAUUUUUUAAAAAUAAAAUAAACUUCAUCCACAUAGCAGUAGCGGAGGCUCUGAAUGGCCAGCUCUGUGGGUGGGGUGCCCUGUGGGGUUUUCUUGUGUGUUUCCUUUGUCACGAGACAUUAGACAGACACCUAUUAAAUAUUAAACAUUUUGCAUUGUUUACUUGGCAGUUUGCUGGCAGGUAGUUGUCCUCUCUUUACUUUUUCUGGGCUCAUUGCUGUGCUGUUCCCACUAACUGUUGGUCAGCGCAUUAGCUCGAUAGCGAUUCGAUGCUUGUCCUCAAACACUAUGCUAAAUAAUUUGGCAAACCUAAUUAAUUUAUAUUGUAUCACUUUUGGACCUGCUAUCCACCCAUCCAUUAUUUCUCUGCUGCCUACCUGGGUUCAGGCCAUGGUAGGCAGAGAUGCCCAGAUCUCCCAAUUUCCAGGUUUUCUGGUGGGAAACCGGGGAAUUCUGCAGCCAGCCGAGAGCUCAAAUCUGAAUAGCGUCUGCUGGCUUUGGGCUAAGGUCGCCCCCCAGUAAGACAUGCCGACAACACUUCACUUAGGAGGCAUCAUAAUCAAACCACCUGAGUUGGCAGAUCUACUCUGAACUCCUAAAUGGUUAACCUCCUCAUCCUGACUCUGUAGAUUAAGGUCCCAGUCGCACAGGCCUAAAGACCUGUCAGUGAUCCCAUGGUACCCACCGGUCACUAGAGAAAAUUUGUAUUCCCCAACUGGUUGCCAAAUGGUUGCUAGAAAUUGCUGGCAGUCUCUAGGUGAAAUUGGUCAGAAAGAGGUAUACGGUAAUGCACCAAAGACCACCUUGUGAUUGCUUUGGUUGCUUGCAGAUUGCCACGGUUGCUGAGCAGUAAUGAAACUGUGGAAAGUGGGAUGCAGAGUGGAAAUGGAGAUCAUUCGCCUUAAAAACAGUUGAAGUAAAAAAUUAAAGUUUCAUGUUUUGAAAGGUGUUGGAUGCAGUUGUAAGGCACGACUUUUACUUUGAUGGUGAACAGUCUGUUUCCUUUUCACAUAGGAAGUAGCAUGCGCUUCACUGCACUCUGAAACCCAAUUGCAUGCUUGUGCCAUGCAAUAAUAAUUUAGAUCAGAGGUUCUUGGUGCAACACCCUCUUUGUGAACAAUUUCACCCGUCACGCACCUCCAACGAUUUGGCCAAUAUAACUUUUUCCUUAGCGAUCAGUGGUUGCUAGGCAGUCAUAUUUAGGCAUGUGUGAUUGCCGUACACCCUUAGCAAGCAAUAUCAUUCAAUUCAUCUGCUUUUCUUUAUACUUUUUCUCUUUUUAGCUCAGUUUUUGGUCUCCACCACUUCAUGAGAGAGACAUAUCUGGCUCUUUAGGUGCCCAACACUCCAUUAAAUGCACCGGCCAGCUGCUAACUUUGUGUUUCCUGUUAGCUUAGCAGAUGUUGUUUGAAACAACACUGAUGAAACCAGUAAGACUGACACAGAACGCAAACAACAGGUGGAAAGAUGCUAAAAAACAAAGAUUUUAGAGAUUAUGAACCUGCUGUAUCACACUCCAGGAUUCAUACAGUGCAAACUUGUAUUGACAUAUUGAACCAUUCUUGGGAAAGAGCAACAGCCCUGACACAUUUAACAUCCUGUCAUAUCGUAGCAAAGCCAGAAAACAGUCUAGAGACACUUUCAGAAAAAAGGUGCUUGGUCUCUUAUAAAUAAGCACAGUUUUUCUGUCAUUUUCAGCCACAUUCACAUUACAGUUUAUAGGAACCCUGCCUGAUGAUGCUGAUAUUUUUGGUCUAUUUUAGUGAACCAGAGGCAAGUGCAAAGAUAUGUGUGUAUAUGUGUUUAUUUUGAUGAGAGUAUUUAUACAGAUAUAUUUCUGAAUACUUUUUACUAGGUAUGAGGAGCUGUGGUCGUUUCCGCUGCACAUGAAUCUGAGGAAUUUUUUUUCAAGUAUUCAAACGUGGGACCAGAAUUGCUCUGCUGCCGCAUCAAAACCUUUUCAGGAAUCGCAGGUUCAGUUUAAGAGGAAACUUGAAAAUCAGUUAAACUGGAGUAACAAGGUUUGUGUACGACAGCAGUAGUUUGCUAUUUGCCUUGCGGUGGGUUUUUGUUGUGACCUAUCCAGAUUUAUACGACUUUCCUUUUGUCCUGAAAACAUCCACUACACAUGGCCUCAAAGUCACUGUGCUGCUCUACCUGUGUCUUUCUUUAAAGCGCGAUAUCACUCACAGGACUCUUGUAAAUACCGAAGCCUCUAUACAGUUUGUUCUGUAUAUACUGAAGGGAGAAAUUCAUAUAUAUAUAUAGAUAUAUACAAAUACUGUAUUGAAAAGGAUAAAUGAUGAUGAACAUCCAUACUAUAUGUAUAAUAUUAUAAUGUUGCUGGAACUAGCACAAGCCUAACAUGGUACAGCAGACUGAAAGGUCAAAUCUAGUGCUUGUUUUGCAGUUUCUGACCUCAGAAUGAACCUCUUGAACUUUUAGAUUUGAUUUUAGACAACAAAAAAACAACAACACAUCACUGCAGCUACGUGAAAAUUCAAGACGUCUCGUGCAGCUUUGAGCACAUUUCCUGGUAUAUUUGAGAUUCGUGGAAAUGUGAUUGUGUGUUCUUAAGAAAUAAAAAGUGUCUGUGGGGUGCUGCAGUUGCAGUGACACAUCGAUCACAGUUUGAAAGGUUUAAACAGACUGCAUGAAAACUGCUGCAUUACUGUCUUUUAGACAGCAGAACCAGACAGCAAUGCAACAGAGGUUAUAUGUUUAAGAAAAAACAGACGUUAAACAACAGUUUGCAUAGAACAGAUUUUUUCACAAGCAGAAAAUUUUAAAUUGGUACAAAAAAGAAAUACCAGAGGUCAUCCAAACCAUCAAGAUGCUUCUUUUAUCUGACUAAAGCUUAAUUUAUAGUGCUGCAUUAACCUGUAGAGACCCUGUAUCCUCUGGCAUAGCCUGGCAUCCACCUUGCUGCUGUGGCAACGCAGCCUACAGUGGCGGUAAUAUGCUCAAAAAUGUAUAUUGAUUAUUACAAGGAUAAUGCCUCUGUGAACCAACGUGUAAUAGGCUCUAGUUGCAUUUAGUGUGCUCACAGUGCUAAUUCAUUACCCAGUGUUAAUGUAACACUGAAAAACAACUCAUUUUGACAGUUAAUAGAAUUGAAUAUUGGGGAAAUGACUCCAUUCAUGUUUAUUUUUUUAUAUUACGACUGUAAUUCCAACAAGGACAUUUUAAACAGUUGGUUUUUACACAUCCAGUAGCUGCGGAGCCACAUUGCCAUUCAGCUGGGCAGGUGUUUCUGGCUCCUUUUUAUCUAUUUGCUCUCUAUUUACCUGUGUUUUCGCUUUCCACCACCUCCUCAGAGGAAUGUCUGGCUGUCAAGAUACUAAAUGCUCCACUGUGAUCUCAUAGUGACUGGUCCUGAGAUCUAGUCUGAACCAACGCUGAUGAGAGCAGUAAGAUUAAGCAACGCUGGGUCUGCUUUACCACCGUAAUCGUGUGGUGUUUUUCUGUCUUUCCCGUUGUUCCGCAUUUAUCAGCUCCAAGUCCAACACAGCAGAGCACUGCAGACACAACAGCGCACAAGUAUGAUUGUAAAACCACGCCACUUAUUAUGGCGUGGGAGUCACUAAAGGACCAUGAUAGGAAAGAGAAAUCACAUGAGGAUCCAGACAUUUUUAAUUUGUAGUUUUAAUUAAUAAUGUAUCACUCAUAUAGCCUCCUCACUUUGUGGACAUAAAGCCGUCAACAUGUCAUGAGACGUAGAUUGAUCAUGAUCUUAGAUCGUGUUGUUUCCCUGUACCAUAGCCGAGCCUUUCUGGAUGCACAUAACAGUGAAGGAAGCAGCUCUAUUACUACGAGACCGAGCCCUUUCUUGCUUUCCUCGUUGGCUAGCUUGUUAGCUUGCAGGUGCUGUGGAUGUCUGCCUGUCUAUGUCAUUUUGAUGGGACGCUUGUUGCUGUGCAGACCACAAAGAACACUGGCCAGGCCGAACAUUAAGAACCUGUUUAAAUGUGUGGCCCGGAUUUUAAAUUUUCAGGGCCUUGACUUUUUUUUUUAGCAUAGGCAGAUUCAGCACAGGACUAUAAAUUAAGCUUCCUCCAAAAACUGUAGAAAAAGAAAGCUUUCUAUCACUUAGCACCAAGAAAAGUUGUCAAAUCUGAGCAGAUUUCUCUGUUAUGUUUGGAAAAUUCAUUUAAUUACUGAUAAAAACAGUUUCAGAUUAUUUCCUGGUACUCAAAUGAUCUUUGAAUCUACCAACUUCUUAUUUUUUGCCAUAAAAGAAAUGCUGUUCAAACUGAUUUUGAAUCAAUGCAGCAUGAUUUUACAAUUUAAAUUUAAUAUUUAGAAAAAAGUUUCUUUUUCAAAUUUGCUGUUGCAGUUAGGCUGUGCUGAGGUGAAUGGUCUGUCCUGUCUUUGUUUCUGUGUUACAAUGUGCUGCUCUUCGUUUUUGUACUAAAGGGUCUCAGAUCAAAGCCUGUACAUACAGAACACGUCAAACACGACUUUAUUAACAAUAACCCAGUCGAGCAAAGACAGCCGGCAAGAGAUUCCAGAGACAGUUUUCAGUAUUGCAGCUUUUGCAAGCAUGCCCUUUGAGCACUAAACUUCAAAGGCCUUUUUUACAUCGGUGGAAUGUACUGAUAGACAAUGUCCACCACAUAGGUUGUGAUAAAGGCGGAUUGUGUGUGUUGUGACAUAGUUUCAAGAGUGUGCAGGGGUAUCAAAUAUCGACAUUGUGCUGUGUGGAAGUCGGAAGCAUGCUUUUUAACCAUGCCUAUGAAAUGCGUCUCAUCUUUGGUCCUAUUUAAAUGUGCUUGUAUUUAUUUUUUAUAAGUGAAUAGAUCGACCUUUGCAAGAAAAGAAGAAAAUUCAGUGCUGCCCUUUGACCUUUUUGAGUCAAGCUCCCCCGUCAGUUCUGCUAAGAGUUUAUUUAAAUCAUUCAUGAUUUCCUGUUUGCUUUCACCACGUAUCCUCAUAUGUUCCACCGGUUUUAUCUAUAGCAAAUCAAGAAAAGCACAUCAGACUCCAAACAGACCAACAACGAAACAACAUGGAGGAUAAGACAGAAUAAUUCACUUUCAGAGGACUGAAUAUCUGCUAAAAUCAACUACAAAUGAGAAAAAAACUGUGACGUGUAGGGUCACGUGGACCCGCGCAGUCUGUAGAUUACACUGUGGUGCAUGCAGCCAUCUCCAUUCAUCCUUUUCUUUGCAUAACUUUAAGUUCCAAGUAACGGGGGCCAAAACAAAAAGGGAAAACGUGAUCGAUCAAGGAAUCUUUUUUUAAAAAGUUCUUUGUGUCAAACUGUGGUGAUGCUGUGGACUCUUUAAAGUUUGGAGUACAGAUGAAAUGCCUUUUCUUGGACUUGCUUUCUCUCAGUCACCAAGUGGAACACAGUGUAAGAUAAAAUGAGAAAAAAAUUAAAUUAAUCCUCAUCCGAAUGUUGAAACUAUUAAAAAUGUUUUUUUUUAUAUUA